AUUGUAUGACUGAGUGUAGAUACGAGUUGCAUGAGAGUGUUUUCUACGAAUAGCUCUAACGAUAAAACGAAGAAAAUCAACAAAAGUAUACAAAGAGGAUAGUUAUCCAGACUGAAAAUGGCGGCACCAGGGGGCAAGUUCUUCAUCGAGGAUAAAUUGGACAUACCAGCCAAACACCACGAGUCGUUUGAACAGCUAUGGGAGACGAAGUGGAAGAAGCCGGCUGAGAUGGGCGUAUACCCCUUCAUGUUUGGUACCGCCUCCGACUUCGAGCCCAUUGUCGCCGAAAUGGUCAAGAACAACAUGCGCGAGCCCUACGACUGGGACGCCUACGCCCGCACAUUCUUCCCUCAAGCCGAAAACCUCGCCUCCAUCGCCCGCGCAGCCGAAGCAAACGGAGAGACAGAAAAGGCCUCAGAGUACUACCUCCGCUCCAGUGCCGUCUAUCGCAUCGCCCGCUUCCCCGCCCCACGCAGCCCCGUCCAACGCGAAGCCUGGGCCAAAGGAAAAGAAGUCUGCCUCAAAGGCCUCUCUAUGCGUGAACACGCCGUCCACGAAAUCCUCAUCCCACACACGCACCGCAAUGAAUCCGACGGCUCCCACAUCCCCGUCUACCACCUCGUCCCCUCCACCGCCUCCCCUUCCACCCCCGUCCCCCUCCUCAUCAUCUUCACAGGCCUAGACGGCUACCGCACCGAACUCGCCGUCUGGAUGGAGGGCUUCCGGCGCAACGGCAUCGCCACCCUCGUCCUCGAAAUCCCCGGCACAGGCGACUGUCCCGCCUCCCCCUCCGACCCCACCUCCCCGGACCGCCUCUACUCCUCACUCUUCGACUGGGUAGCCCAGCAGCCCGCCCUCGACGCCGCCAAAACAGCCAUCUGGGCCUUUAGCACCGGCGGCUACUACGCCAUCCGCGUCGCCCACACGCACGCAGCCCGGCUCGCCGGCGUCGUCGCCCUCGGCGGCGGAUGCCACCACAUGUUCGACAAGGCCUGGCUCGAUCGCGUCAAUCACCUCGAGUACCCCUUUGAUCUCGCCGACACGCUCGCCUACAAAUUCGGCUUCGGCACCGACGUCGCCCGCUUCAAGCACGAAGCCACCGCACGCUUCUCCCUGCUCAACGAUGGUACCCUCGAUACCAACCAGUGCGCGAGGUUGCUGCUCGUCAAUGGCACCGACGAUGAGAUUUUCCCCAUUGACGAUUAUUAUCUGGCCUUGCAGAGGGGACUGCCCAAGGAGGCGCGCUUUGUGACUGGCGUCAAGCACAUGGGCGAGCCGGAGAGCUUUGGUGUCAUUAUGAGGUGGUUGUAUAGGUUGUGGGGGGUUGAGGCGGAUAUCGGGGCGCAGAUGGCGACGUUGAUGUUUAAGCCCAAGUAUUGAGUUGGGGGAAAAAACAAAGAAUGCUACCAAAGGGGAAAUAAAGCGUACAAGUGGAGAAGCAAGAGUGGGUAUAUGUUAUUAGAACUUUGUGUGUUGUUUGGCCUGUUCGGUGUGCAUUACAAAUUAUCCUACAUUUCCCCUCAUCUUCUCCAUCAAUCAAUCACCGCUCUCUCUCUCUCCUUGAUU